AUGGCCAGGUCACGACGGUCCUGGGUGCCUGGUGUGGUCCUGGCUUCCCUGCUGCUCUGGGUGGCUGCGGUGGAAGCAGCCACGGGGCGGUGGUGCGAGCGGACGGUGCAGGUGACGGCAGAGGAGGAGGUGACGCCGCGGCGUGAGGACGUGGUGCCCUGCGCCAGCCUCUACCACUACAGCCUGGCAGGCUGGCGGAUCGACCAGGACCGCAUGCGCCGGGUCUAUGGCGGGGACCGCGGUGAGCCCCACCGCAACCCCCAGCCCAGCUCUGGCACCCCGCUCUGCUACAUCUACAGGCCCCCAGAGAUGCGGCCGGUGGCGUGGAACCGCACGGUGCGGGGCUGCUGCCCAGGCUGGAGCGGGUCUCGCUGCACCGAAGGUGAAGGCUCGCUGGGGCGCUGCUACAGCACGUGGCAGUGCCAGGAAGCUGAGGGCAGCCGCAACCUCUCUGCCAUGAGCCUGGCCGAGUGCUGCCGGCACCCCUGGGGGCACAGCUGGCGGAACAGCUCCGCUGCACCCUGCCUCGACUGCACCCACUUGCCCCUUGACGGAGAGGCGUCGCCGUGGCUGGUGUCCCUGCGGGGAGCGGCUGCCCGGCACCGGGGCCCCUCAGCCAGCUGCCUCACCUGGGCUGGCUCCCGCUACCGCACCUUCGACGGGACACACUUCCACUUCUCUGGCGAGUGCUCCUACAGCCUGGCCGCCACCACCGACGGCACCUGGGCCAUCUCCAUUGCCGACGGCAAUCCCCGGGCACUGCACAUGGCCCUCGGGACGGACACGGUGCUGGCCCGGGGCCAAAACGUCUCUGUGAAUGGCGUGGCAGUGCCAGAGGGACAGCCAUACCUGCACAACGGGAUCAGUGUGACAUGGCUGGGCAACUGGGUGGCCGUGGCCAGUGGACUGGGUGUGCGGGUGACCUCAGAUGGGGGCCAGACUGUCACUGUGAAGGUCGAUGCUGACCUGUGGGGCAGCACACAGGGGCUCUGCGGCCCCUACAACGAUGACCCUGCCGAUGAUUUCCUGCGUCCAGGGGGGGAUGUGGCCCCCUUUGCCGCCAGCUUUGGCAACUCCUGGAAGAUCCCCGAUGCCAGCUCGGAGCCUGCCUGCAGGGAUGCGGUGGAGCCCAGCCCCGGCUGCGCGGCGGGCGAUGCAGCACGGCAGGUGGCCGAGGCCAUCUGCGGGAAGCUGCUGGCCGAGCCCUUCCGCCAGUGCCAGGACAUGGUGGAUCCCAGCGGCUUUUACGCGGCGUGCUUGGAGGUGCUGUGCCAGGAGGGGGACGCCAGUCCCUCGCCACCACCCGCUGCCUGCGACACCUUUGCUGCCUACGCACAGGACUGCGCCCGGCACCAAGCCUACCCGGAAUGGCGCCGGCCGGGAUUCUGUGAGCGGCAGUGCGGCGCGGGGAAGCGCUUCUCGGACUGCGUCUCCUCCUGCCCUGCCAGUUGUGCAGCUGUGGCCAGCGCCGAGGAGGGCCCAUGCCACGAGGACUGUGCUGGUGGCUGUGAGUGUGUGCCGGGGCUCUACCAGGAUGGGGGUCUCUGUGUCCCCCCAAGUGCCUGCCCCUGCCACCAUCGCCGCCAGCGCUACGCCCCAGGCCAGAGCAUCCGCCAGCGCUGCAACCAGUGCACGUGCCAUGGCGGCCGCUGGCUCUGCAGCCAGGAGCGGUGCCCGGGGGAGUGCAUGGUGCUGGGGGGCCGCCACUACAUCACCUUUGAUGGCCGGCACUUCUCCUUCCAUGGCACCUGCGCCUACACCCUGGUGCAGGACUUUGCAGAGGGGCAGCUGCUGAUCACAGCCGAGUACGAGGCUUGCAAUGGCCACUGGCCCCUCGGCUGCCUCCGGUCCCUCUCCAUCAGCUCCCGCCAGACCACCACCCACCUCCGUGGCACAGGCGAGGUGACGGUGGACGGGCGGGAGGUGACACUGCCCUUUGCCGGUGCCGAGCUGAGCGUGCGCAGGGCGUCCUCCUCCUUCCUGCUGCUCCAGACCCUGGGGGCCCACGUCCUCUGGGGGCUGGAGACCCCUGCCACCUACAUCACCCUCCAGCCCACUUUUGCUGGCAAGGUGCGGGGGCUUUGCGGCACCUACAACUGGAACCAGCAGGAUGAGUUCACCACACCAGCAGGUGACGUGGAGACCAGCAUCACUGCCUUCGCCAACAAGUAUCGGGUGGCUGGUGACUGCCCAGCACUCGGGCCCUUCCCCCUUGACCCCUGCAGUGCCUUUGCCGGGCGGCGGGAGCUCGCCGAGGCCUCCUGUGCCGUGCUGUAUGGCCCUGCCUUCCAGCCCUGUCACCAGGUUGUGGAGCCGGAGCCAUUCCUCCAGCUCUGCCUGCAUGAUGCCUGCAGCUGCCGGGGUGGGCAGCACUGCCUGUGCCCUGUGCUGGCUGCCUACGCCCAGCGCUGCGCCCAGGAGGGAGCCGUGCUCACCUGGAGGAACCAGAGCUUUUGUGGCAUGCCAUGCAGCGGCGGGCAGCAGUACCUGGAGUGCGGUCAUCCCUGCAGCCAGAGCUGUGCCGAGCUGCACCUGGAUGGGGCCGGCCCCUGCCCCGGCCUGGGGGGGCUCUGUGUCCCCGGCUGCAACUGCCCUGCCGGGCUGGUGCUGGCCCAGGAUGGGCAGUGUGUCCCACCGGGCACCUGCCCCUGCCAGCGUGGCACCGAGCUCUACCCUCCCGGCAGCCAGAUCCGCCGUGGCUGCAGCACCUGCGUCUGUGCCAGUGGGUCCUGGCGCUGUGCUGAAGCCCCCUGCCCCAUGACUGCCCUCUGCCCUGGAGGGCUGGUUCACGCCCCAGGAUCCUGCCUGCGCCGCUGUGACAGCUCCGAGCCCAAUGGCACCUGCACCGGCAUCGCUGAUGGCUGCGUCUGCCCCCCUGGCACCCUCUUCCUGGAUGGGCGCUGUGUGUCCCCCGAGGAGUGUCCCUGCCACCACGGUGGGCAGCUGUACCGCCCCAACGCAACCAUCAUCCGGGACUGCAACACCUGCGUGUGCCGGCAGCAGCAUUGGCAUUGCGGCCAGGAGGAGUGUGCGGGGACCUGUGUGGCCACAGGGGACCCCCACUAUAUCACCUUUGACGGGCGAGCCUUCUCCUUCCCGGGGGACUGCGAGUACCUGCUGGCACGCGAGACCACCGGCCUCUUCACUGUCACCGCCGAGAAUGUCCCCUGUGGCACCAGCGGCGUCACCUGCACCAAGUCGGUGGUGGUGGUGACGGGCAACACUGUGGUGCACAUGCUGAGGGGGAGGGGUGUGACGGUGAACGGGAUCUCAGUCCGACCCCCCAAAGUCUACAGUGGGACCGGGCUGACUCUGGAGCGCGCCGGCCUCUUCCUCCUCCUCCUCAUCUCCCGCCUGGGGUUGGCGGUGCUCUGGGAUGGAGGCACACGGGUGUACGUCCGGCUGGAACCACAGCACCGGGGCCGCGUGGCUGGGCUCUGUGGCAACUUCGACGGCGAUACCGAGAACGAUUUCACCAGCCGGCAAGGGGUGCUGGAGCCCACCGCCCCACUCUUUGGCAACUCCUGGCGCCUCAGCCUGCUCUGUCCCGAGGUCGACAGCACUGAUGUGCGGCACCCCUGCACCGAGAGCCCCCACAGGGCAACGUGGGCCAGAAGGCGCUGCAGCAUCCUCCGGCAGCGGCUCUUUGCGCCGUGCCACGACACGGUGCCAUGCCAGCGCUUCUACGACUGGUGCGUCUUCGACGCCUGCGGCUGCGACUCUGGGGGGGACUGCGAGUGCCUGUGCACGGCCAUUGCUGCCUAUGCUGAGGAGUGCGGCCGGCGCGGCGUCCACGUCCGAUGGAGGAGCCAGGAGCUGUGCCCCCUGCAGUGUGACCGGGGGCUGGAGUACAGCGCCUGCGGCCCCCCCUGCCCCCCCACCUGCCGUGACCUCGGCCGGGAGCCCCCCGAGCACUGCCAGGGGCUGUCCUGCCUGGAGGGGUGCUUCUGCCCCCCGGGGAGGGUCCUGCAUGAGGGCGGCUGCAUUGAGCCCACCGCGUGCCCAUGUUUCUGGGAUGGCUUCGCCUUCCCAGCCGGUGCCACGGUGCAGCAGGGCUGCAAGAACUGCACAUGCAUGGUGGGUGGGUGGCACUGCCCGUCCUCACCGGAGCCGUGCCAGCCUGAGCCGCACUGUGCCGAGUGGGAGUUUGCCUGCCAUGCCGACGGGCGCUGCGUGCCGGGUGCCUGGGUCUGCGAUGACGAGGAGGACUGCAAGGAUGGCUCGGACGAGCUGUGCGCUCCACGCUGUGCCCCACACCAGCACCGCUGCGCCAGCGGGCAGUGCCUGGCCUGGGCUGCCCGCUGUGACGGCAUGCCCGACUGCCCUGACGGCUCCGAUGAGGCUGGCUGCCCCCCUGCCGCCUGCGUGCCCCCCGAGUUCAGCUGUGCCAGUGGCCACUGCCUCCCCCCGCAGCGCGUCUGCGACGGGGAGUUGGACUGUGGCUUCACCGAUGACUCAGACGAGGCAGGCUGCAGCCCGAGCUGUGAGGCGGGUGAGUUCCGCUGUGCAGUGGGCCGGUGUGUGCCCUACCCCCAUCGCUGCGACGGCCACGACGACUGCGGUGACUUCAGUGACGAGCGCGGCUGCAUCUGCCCCCCCGGCCACGUCCAGUGCCCUGACACCCGGUGCCUGCCCCCCUCCGCCAUCUGCGACGGCCACCAUGACUGCGCCAAUGGCACAGAUGAGGCUUUCUGCCCAGACCGGGUGACCUGCGCCCCCGGGAAGCUGCCCUGCCCUGACAGCUCCUGCAUUGGCGAGGACGCCGUGUGUGAUGGCAUCCGCGACUGCCGGGACGGCUGGGACGAGAGCGCGGCAGGGUGCGCGGCGGCACUGCCUGCUGCUGUGCCCACCACCCUUGCCAAUGCCUCGGCAGCACCAGCGUGCGGCCCCUCCGCCUUUGCCUGCGGCAGUGGGGAGUGCGCACCGCGGGGCUGGCUCUGUGAUGGCGAGGCCGACUGCCCCGACGGCAGCGAUGAGCUGGGCUGCGAUGGCGGCUGCGAGCCCGGCCACUUCCCCUGUGCCCGCGGCACCGGCUGCGUCCCCUACAGCCACCUCUGCGACGGUGUCCCCCACUGCCAUGACCACUCCGACGAGAGCCCUGACCACUGUGGCUCCACCGCCAUCCCAUCGUGCCUGGGGCACUUCACCUGUGCCGACGGUGUGUGCCUCAACGCCUCGCGGGUCUGCAACGGUGCCCCCGACUGUCCCCGCGGAGAAGACGAGCUGGCCUGUGAGAGACACAUCCCCGCUGGUGGAAGCAACCGGACAGGGGGUCCCUGUGUGGAAUUUGCCUGCGGGGAGGGGGAGUGCCUAGCCUUCCAGCAGGUGUGCGAUGGGGUGCCGGACUGUGGGGCCCGGGGGGGCCCCCCCCGCGACGAGCGGGAUUGUGGGGUCUGGGGGCCCUGGGGGCCCUGGGGGGACUGCAGCCGCUCCUGUGGCCCCGGCCUGCAGCGGCGCAUGCGGAGCUGCCACCAGCACCGGCCUGGUGUGCUGCACCGGUGUCACGGCCACGCCAUGCAGGAGCAGCAGUGCUUCAGCCUUGCCUGCCCUGUGGACGGUGCCUGGGGUGAGUGGGAGACAUGGUCCAAUUGCACGGGAGGCUGCAGCGGGGUGCGGCUGCGGCAGCGCGGCUGCCAGCCCCCCCAGAACGGCGGUCGCCACUGCACCGAGCUGCCCGGGGUGGCCCCUGCCGCCCUCGAAAUGGGAGCCUGCGAGCUGGGGGGCUGCUCCAACACCUCUGCCUGCGCCAGGGAACUGCGGCCCUGGCCCUGUGCCCCCUGCCCUGCAUCCUGCGCCGACCUCGCCGCUGGCAUCAAGUGCCGGAAGGACCAACCCUGCCACCCCGGGUGCUGGUGCGCAGCGGGGCUGGUGCUGGACGCUGGCGGCCGGUGUGUGCGCCCACGGCAGUGCCCGUGCCAGGCUGGGGGGCUGUGGCACCGGCCGGGGCAGCUGGUGAAGGUGAACUGCCGCCUCUGCACCUGCCUGGACGGGCAACUGCGGCGCUGCCGCCAGAACCCCGACUGCACCGUGCACUGUGGCUGGUCAGCAUGGUCGGCGUGGGGCGAGUGCCCAGGUCCCUGCGGUGCCCAGAGUGUCCAGUGGUCCUUCCGCAGCCCCACCAACCCCAGCCGGCGCGGUGGUGGCCAGCAGUGCCGUGGCAUCUACCGCAAGGCCCGCCGGUGCCACACAGCACCGUGCCGGCAGUGCCAGCACCAGGGCCGGCGGCAUGCACUGGGAGAGCGCUGGCGCGGGGGGCCCUGCCACGUCUGCCAGUGCUUGCCCACCCUGGCUGUCCACUGCUCGUCGUACUGCCCGCACCGCGCCACUGGCUGCCCCCCGGGCCAGGUGCUGGUGGAGGGCCGUGGGGACUCCUGCUGCUUCUGCGCCCUGGCAGGUGACAACGGGACAGCUGUCCCUCCCAUGCUGACGACAGAGCCCCCCAGCAGCCCCCUCCUCACCUUCCCGCUGCCUUCCCUCAGUGACCCCUGCUACCACCCACUCGGUGCCACCCCCCGGGAGCUGGCAGGGACCCUCGCCCGCAUCACCCGGCUGCCCGGCAUCUCCCCCAGCCAGGGACUGUGGGGCUGGGCCCCCGCAGAUGGCACCUACCCGGCACUGCCCUCCGCACCCCCCGUCCUGCAGCUGGACCUGCUGGAGCCCACCAACAUCACUGGGGUGCUGGUGCAGGGGACCGGCCGUGCCGACACCUUCAGCAGCACCUUCCUGCUGCAGUUCAGCACCAACGGCACCCACUGGCACCGCUACCACCAGCUGUUCCAGGGACCCCCGGACCCCAGCACGCCGGCGGUGUGGCUGCUGGGCCGCAUGGUGCAGGCACGGCACGUCCGCCUCCUCCCCCAGGACCCCCUGCCCCGCAUCGCCCUGCACGCUGAGCUGCUGGGCUGCCCCUCUGGCUCGGGCAGCUGCCUGGCAACAUCCCAGAGGUGCGAUGGUGUCACCGACUGUGCCGAUGGCACCGACGAGGCCGGCUGCCAGACCCCCGGCACCAGCAGGGUGGGCGCCCAGCUGGCCCCCAAACACACCGAGCCCACCCCUCCAGCCGAGUGCGCCCUGUCGCCCUGGGGCAGCUGGGGUCCCUGCUCGCGCUCCUGCGGGCUAGGGGUCACCCUGCGGCGGCGGGACCUGCCCGGGGGAGGCUGUGCCCGCCCCCGCCCCGACACCCGCCCCUGCUUCCUCCGCGCCUGCCCAGUGCCCGGCGGGUGGGCGGCCUGGGAGCCCUGGUCCCCCUGCGACGCCGCGUGCGGCGGUGGUGUGCGGAGCCGGGCGCGGAGCUGCAGCGACCCCCCCGCCAAGAACGGGGGACAGCCGUGCCCCGGGGGGGCCCUCCAGACACAGCCCUGCAACCUGCACCCCUGCGGGGACCCCCCAGCCUGCAGCCCCCAGAUGGUGUUUGUGCGGCGGGGGGGGUGCGAGGCGGGGCGAGUGCCCCCCUGCCCCCAGACCUGCGGGGACCUGAGCGGCAACGGCACCUGCCCGAGCCCCUGCCAGCACGGCUGCCGGUGCCCCCCCGGGCUGUACCUGCAGGACGGCGGCUGCGUGGGCGCCCACGAUUGCCGGUGCCUCCUGCCGCGGGAGCAGCGGCUGCCCGGGGAGCGCUUCCAGCGGGGCUGCCGCCGGUGCGUCUGUCGCGACGGGGCGGUGACAUGCGAGAACGUGACGUGCGCCGUGGACUGCGGCUGGUCCUCGUGGUCGCCCUGGAGCCGCUGCGGCUGCGGCGUGGGGCUGCAGGAGAGGUUCAGGUCACCCACCAACCCCCCAGCAGCGGCCGGUGGAGCCCCCUGUGCCGGGGAGCCCCGGGAGGUGCGGGAGUGCCAGGAGCCCUGCAGCACUGGUGUGGGCACCGGCCGGGCACCAGAGGUGCCGUGGGGCACGGGAGCCCCGUGGGGUGAGGGAUCCCUGUGGGGCACCUGGUCGCCGUGGGGGCCCUGCAGCGUGUCCUGUGGCGGUGGCGAGCGGCUGCGGCGGCGGCAGUGCCAGCGCCCAGCGUGCCCGGGGUUCGGCCUGCAGAGCCAGCUCUGCAACACCCACGUGUGCCGCGAGGCAGGCUGCCCGGCAGGGCGGCUGUACCGCGAGUGCCAGCAGGGCGAGGGUUGCCCCUACAGCUGCGCUCAUCUGGCCGGCCAGGUGGGCUGCGCCGGGGGGGCCUGCCAGGAGGGGUGCCACUGCCCCCCCGGCACCUACCUGCACCGUGGCACCUGCCUCGCGGAGUGCCCCUGCGAGCUGCCAGCGGAGCUGCUGGAGGAGCUGCGCAACGGCUCGGCCCCCACCACAGGCCCCCCCCGGACCCCUCCUCACCCCAGGCCAGGAGCUGCCCUCAGGGGCCACCCUGCUCAUGGCCUGCAGCAACUGCGGGGGCGGCUGCGGUGCAAGGCCGUGCCAGGCUGCCGGCGGGCCUGGGGCUUCGGGCCCUGGGGGCCCUGGGGGCCCUGCUCGCCCUCCUGCGGGGGGCUGGGGGUGGCCACACGCCAGCGCAGCUGCACCAGCCCCGACUGCGAGGGACCCCGCACCGACAGCCAGUACUGCCGCAGCCCCCCCCUGCCCCGGGGGCUCCGGCACACGGGGGUCUCGCUGACUGGGAGCCUUUGCCCCAUGCCAGGCGCCGAGGAGGAGGAGGGGGGCUUUGGCCCCUGGUCGCCCUGGACCCCCUGCUCCGGAACCUGCACCCGCCCUGAGGCGCCAGCCACCAAGAGCCGCAGCCGGGCCUGCGGGAGGGCGGGGGGCUGCAGGGGGGCCAGCGUCCAGCAGCUGGCCUGCAACCUGCCCCACUGUGCCGCCCCCCAAUGCCAGGACGAGACCUGUGCCAGCCAGGACUGCCAGUGGAUGCCGUGGGGGCCAUGGGGGGGCUGCUCCCGCAGCUGCGGGGGGGGGGCUCAGCUCCGGCUCCGCGCGUACAGCCCCCCCGGGCCGGGGGGCCGCUGGUGCCCUGUCAUGCUCAGCGCCAACGCCCAGCGCCGCGCCUGUGGGCUGCGUCCAUGCACAGUGGACGGCGACUGGUCGCCCUGGGGCCCCUGGUCGCGCUGUGACCGGAGCUGCGGGGGAGGCCGCUCCAUCCGCAGCCGCUCCUGCACCCGCCCCCCCCCCAAAAAUGGGGGGCAGCCCUGCCCCGGCGAGCGGCACCACCUGCGCCUCUGCAACCCGCAGCCCUGCGGGGGGGGCUGCCCUCCUGGUAUGGCACGGGUGGGCUGCGCCAGCCGGUGCCCGCGGAGCUGCCGGGACCUGCAGGAGGGGCUGCGCUGCGGGGCCGAGCGCUGCCAGCCCGGCUGCCGCUGCCCCGACGGCACGCUGGAGCAGGAUGGGGGCUGCGUGCCCCCUGCCCACUGCGAGUGCACGGACGCGGCAGGACACGCGUGGGAGCCGGGCAGCCAGCACCGCCGCGGCUGCCAGAGCUGCCUCUGCGCCGGGGGGCGUCUGCGCUGCGCCCCCCCCAGCUGCCCGUCCCCUCCCUGCACCUGGGGCCCCUGGGGCCGCUGGGCCCCCUGCAGUGUCACCUGUGGGCACGGCCAGCAGGCCCGCCUCAGGACCCCUGUGGGGGACGACGAGUGUGGGGGGCCGCAGGAGCAGAGCCGGGACUGCGCACUAGGGCCCUGCCCCCCGCUCUGCUUGGAGGGGGGCACCGAGCGCAGCCUGGGGGACACCUGGCCACAGGGUCACUGCCAGCAAUGCACCUGCACCCCCGAGGGCACCCAAUGCCAGGACAUCCCCUGUGCUGAGCCGGGGGAUUGCAUGUGGGGUGCCUGGAGCCCCUGCUCCCGCUCCUGUGGCACUGGCCUGGCCACCCGGGAGGCCACCUGCCCCUGCCCCACCACCGGCGCCGCCUGCCACCGUGGCCGUGACCAUGACCUCGGCCAUGACGUUGGCACACGCCGUGAGGUGCAGGCCUGCUACCUGCGCCCCUGCCCAGCUGCCUGUCCCUGGAGCCCCUGGGGCCCCUGGAGCCCCUGCACCUGCCAGGACCCCCAGCAGCACCGGCACCGGCACCGGCUGGGCCCCGCUGGCUGUGCUGGCCUGGACGGGCAGAGCCGGGACUGCGACACCUCGGGGUGCUCAGAGGCCAGCUGUGCCCCCCCCUUUGAGUUCCGGCCCUGUGGCCCCCCCUGCGACCAGCUCUGCUCCAGCUACCAGCGGCCCGAGCGCUGCCCGCAGCAGCCCCCCUGCCUGCCCGGCUGUGCCUGCCCACAGGGGCUGAUGGAGCAGUCUGGGGGCUGCUUCCCCCCCACCCAUUGCGGCUGCCUGCACCCCAGCAGCCCCCAGACCCUGGCUGCUGGUGACACUGUGCUGCUGGGCUGCAAGGAGUGCAUGUGCCAGAACGGGACCCUGCAGUGCAGCAGCGAGGGCUGCCAGGGGCUGCUACCGCUGAGCCCCUGGUCGGAGUGGGCGCCCUGCGGCCCCUGCCUGCCCCUGACCACGCUCGACCCCCGUGCCCUCGCCCAGGUCUCGGCCCUGGCUGCUGUGCAGCAUCGGUACCGAGCCUGCCUGGACCCCCAGACCGGGCUGCCCUGGGGUGGUGACAGGGCCACCUGCUCAGCUGAGCUGCGGCAGGAGCGGCUCUGCCCGGACCCCCACAUCUGCCAAGACCUCUGCCUCUGGAGCCCCUGGGGGCCCUGGGGGCCCUGCUGGGACCCCUGCAGUGGGGGCUACCGCCUGCGCCAGCGCCAGCCCCAGCACCCGGAGGGUGGUCUGCGGUGCCGCGGUGCCCGCACCCAGAGCGAGAGCUGCAACACCACCGUGUGCCCAGGGGAGGUGUGCGAGAAGCAGGCACGGGUCUUUGCCGCACCCUGCGCCAACGGCUGCCCCCGCGCCUGCGCUGACCUCUGGCCCCAUGUCGAGUGUCUGCAGGGCCCCUGCGAGCCGGGGUGCCGGUGCCCCCCGGGGCAGCUGCUGCAGGACGGGGCGUGCGUGCCCAUCACCGAGUGCCGCUGCGGGCUGCCCGGCACCAACAGCAGCCGGGAGCUGCAGCCGGGGCAGGCAGCUGCGCUGGAGUGCCACAGCUGCAAGUGCCAGAACGGGACUCUCACCUGCCCGGCUGCGGCGUGUCCCUCCUAUGGGCCUUGGUCCCUGUGGAGCCCCUGCUCCCGCAGCUGUGGCGGCGGCAACAGCUCCCGGCACCGUGACUGCCAGGAGAGCGCCGGAGGGGUGCCCUGCAGUGCUGAGGGCACAGAGGAGAUGGUCAAGUGCAACCCACAGCCCUGCCCUGCAGGUUGCCAGCUGAGCCCCUGGUCCUCGUGGAGCCCCUGCAGCGCCAGCUGUGGCGGGGGCACCUCUGAGCGGCACCGGGAGCUGCUGCCGGGCCCAGGGGGCCAGGACGAACCGUGCCCCCUCCUGCCGCUGCUGCUGCACCGCAUCUGCAACCCCCGCAACUGCUCGCCGGAGUGCCCCGGUGGGCAGGUGUACGGGGACUGCGCCAAUGCCUGCCCCCGCACCUGCACCCACCUGCGCCCAGGGACGAGGUGCUUGCCGGAGAGCUGCCAGCCUGGCUGCGCCUGCCCGCCCGGACAGGUGCUGCAGGAUGGGGCCUGUGUCCCCCCCGAGCAGUGCCGCUGCCAGCUGCCCCCCACCCUGCCCGGGGCCCACAACCUCUCGCAGGUGCAGGAGGAGCAUGUGCCGGGCAGCCGCAUCCAGCAUGGCUGCAGCAGCUGCGUCUGCAUUCGCGGUGCCUUCAACUGCUCCCAGGAGGACUGUGAUGCGGACUGCCUGUGGUCCCCGUGGUCCCCCUGGUCCCCCUGCUCGGUGACAUGCGGGACAGGCGAGCGGGUCUCCCGCCGGCACCUGCUCCGGCAGCACCUGUACGAGGGGGCAGAGUGCCUGGGGCCCCCCACCCGCCGGACCCCCUGCAGCCUCCCUGCCUGCCCCUGCCCGGUGGGUGAGCGCUGGCAGGGCCCCCAUGAGCUGGCCGGCUGCCAGUGGAGCUGCCAGGAGCUCUCCAGCGACCCCCCCAGCAACUGCAGUGACCCCCCCACCCCCGGCUGCGCUUGCCAGCCUGGCCGCUACCGCAACAGCACUGGGCACUGUGUGCUGGCCGCCCACUGCGAGUGCUGGCACCGCGGGCAGCUCCGCCAGGCUGGCAGCGAGUGGCAGGAGGGGUGCGAGACCUGCCGCUGCCUCGACGGGCAGGUGGCCUGCGCCGCCCGCUGCCCCCCCCUCAUUUGCCCUGAGGGCGCGGUGAAGGUGCGGGACCCGGGAGGCUGCUGCCCCGUGUGCCGGGAGGAGUGGCCCGAGGACCCCCCCUCCUCCUGCCGCCGCUUCACCGAGCGCCGCACGAUCGCGGCGGGACCCUGCGCGCUGCGCGGUGUCGAGGUCGCCUAUUGCGCCGGACGCUGCCGCUCCCGCACCGCCGUCACCGCCGAGGAGCCGUACCUGCAGAGCGUCUGCGAGUGCUGCAGCUACCGGCUGGAUGCCGGCAGCCCGGUGCGCGUCCUGCAGCUGCCGUGCCCCGCCGGGCCCCCCCGCGCCGUGCUGCUGCCGCUCAUCCGGGCCUGCCACUGCGGCCGCUGCCAGGGCGGGGAUUUCUCCCGGCGCUGA